UGAGCCCGUCACGUCACAGCAUCUCGGAGUGGAGGAUGCAGAGCAUAGCGCGAGACUCAGACGACAGCUCGGACGAGGAGUUUUUCGACGCUCAUGAGGAUCUCUCAGACAGCGAGGAGGUUUUCCCGAAGGAAAUCGCCAAGUGGAACUCCAACGACCUCAUGGACAAGAUUGAAGCGGCGGACACAGAGGAAACUACUGGUGAGCUGUUUAAGGAAAUGACAGUGGAUUAUGAAAGGGCAACCAGCGAGGACAGACUAGAUGAGGAGGGCUCGUCCCAGCAGUGCCUGCAGCCUUCCAAGAUCCACGUGCUGAUCUUGGUUCUGCACGGAGGGAACAUCCUGGACACAGGUGGAGGGGACCAGAACAGCAAGCAGGCGGACGUCAACACUAUUAGCACAGCUUUUGACACAGUCAUGCGCGUUCACUACCCUGCUGCGCUGGGACGCAUCGCCAUCCGCUUGGUGCCCUGCCCUGCCAUCUGUGCCGAGGCCUUCUCCCUGGUGUCCAACCUGAGCCCUUACAGCUAUGAUGAGGGAUGUCUGUCCAGCAGCCAGGACCACAUCCCAUUGGCAGCGCUUCCCCUGCUGGCCACCUCUGCUCCACAGUACCAGGAGGCCGUGGCCACCGUCAUCGCCAGAGCCAACCAGGUGUACACCGAUUUUUUGAAGUCCAUGGACGGGUCUGCUUUCUCCGGCCAGGUUUGUCUCAUUGGGGACUGUGUGGGAGGAAUCUUGGGAUUCGAUGCUCUGUGCAGCAGCAAUCAGACAGUCAAUGAAAGUCAGAACAGCAGCCGCAGGGGCAGCAUCAUCAGUGUCCAGGAUCAGGACCUCCUCUCUCCUGGCAUCAUUGUCAACAGUGGACACGGCUCAUCUUCUCCGACCCUGGAGGGCAGCCGCCACCUCAGUCGCAGCAACAUCGACAUCCCUCGUGCCGGUGCAGGCGACGACACCAAGAGACAACUGCCGCGCAAGAGGAGUGACUCCUCCACAUAUGAAGUGGACACAUUAAAACAGCACCAGUCCUUUCUGUCCAGCUUACACUCCAGUGUCUUGCGGAGCGAUGCGGUUUCACGCAGGUCAAGCAGCAGCACCAUGCUGGAUGGAGGCUCCCUGGGGAAGUUUGACUUUGAGGUGUCCGACUUUUUCCUCUUUGGCUCUCCACUGGGCUUGGUUCUGGCACUGAGAAAGACAGUCAUUCCAAUGCUGGACGUGGCCCAGCUGCGACCUGCCUGUCAGCAGGUUUACAACCUGUUCCACCCUGCCGAUCCCUCAGCCUCCCGCCUGGAGCCUCUGCUAGAGAGGAAGUUCCACCUCCUGCCUCCCUUCAACGUGCCCCGUUACCAGCGCUUUCCCCUGGGUGAUGGAAACUCUGCCCUCCUGGCGGAUGUUGUUCAGUCUCAUGGUGGUGUCUUCAUGGACAGUUCGUACCCCUCAUCCCCCGUAACGGGCCCCCUCUCCCGGGGCCAGCGGAGGGCCAGUGAGGUCAGCAUUGCCAGCCAGGUCUCAGGAAUGGCAGACAGUUACACUGCCACCAACAUAGCUAACACCAAUUCAUGCCAAAAUAACCAAUCCAAAAAGUUGAGCCUUUUGUCCCAACUCGCCUUAUCGUCACAAAAUAAAUUCUUCCUGAAAAGUCCUCCUAAGUCCCGUAAGAAAGCACGGGCUGGCCAGGCGGCGGGAUCUCCCGAUGCAGAUCUAGCAGCAGAGCUGGACGCUGAGGCAGACAAUAACGAGCCUCUAAGUCCCACUGGCCAGUACGAGAACUGCCUGUCAGCAGGGCUGGACUGUGCUAUAUCUGAGUUGGUCUCGCUGGACUCCCAGGCUGAAGUGGAGCAAGUUGCUGCACGCUGGUGGGGCACAAAGCGGCUGGACUUUGCCCUGUACUGCCCCGAUGCUCUGACCGCUUUUCCCACAGUGGCUUUACCGCACCUCUUCCACGCCUCUUACUGGGAGUCCACUGAUGUUGUGUCUUUUCUCCUGAGACAAGUCAUGAGGCAUGAAAACUCCAGCAUCCUGGAGCUCGAUGGGAAAGAAGUGUCUGAAUUCACCCCGUCCAAACCUCGAGAGAAGUGGCUCCGCAAGAGGACUCAUGUAAAGAUCAGGAAUGUCACUGCCAACCACCGGGUGAACGAUGCUGUGUUAAAUGAGGACAGUCAGCAGGUCGUGACAGGUCGCUUCAUGUACGGCCCUCUGGACAUGGUCACUUUGGCCGGAGAGAAGGUUGACCUCCACAUUAUGACCCAGCCUCCAUCAGGAGAGUGGGUGUACUUCAACACAGAGGUGACAAACAGCAGCGGCCGUGUGUCUUUUAUCCUCCCAGAGGACAAGCGACUGGGCAUCGGAGUCUACCCAGUUAAAAUGGUUGUGAGGGGUGACCACACGGUUGCAGACAGCUACCUGACAGUUAUUCCACGUGGCACAGAGUUUGUGGUAUUCAGUAUUGACGGGUCUUUUGCUGCCAGUGUGUCAAUCAUGGGCAGCGACCCCAAAGUGAGAGCAGGAGCUGUGGACGUUGUCAGGCACUGGCAGGAUUUGGGUUAUUUGAUCAUCUAUGUAACAGGACGUCCAGACAUGCAGAAGCAGCGGGUGGUGGCUUGGUUGUCUCAGCACAACUUCCCUCAUGGCAUCGUCUCCUUCUGUGAUGGCCUGGUCCAUGACCCACUCAGACACAAGGCCAAUUUCCUCAAGAAUUUAACAGAGGUCAGACGUAAAUCAAUGGAGGACGGGGGGGGGGUCUUUGUGCAGUUUUAG